ACCUGGCUUGCAGAUUAGGCUGCCGUGGUCUUAGCGUUGGCCGCGGAAGACGACAAACGGCUGACGGCACAACCACCAAUAAGCUUCCUGUCUCCCCGGUCGACCAACCCACGCUAUCGGCCGCGGCGGCGACUUCUGUUCGACCUUGGCCGAGAAACCAUUAGAUCAGAGUCUGCGUCGUCGGAACCGCCGCCUCGCGUCAUGGGCGGAAGCGCCGCACCCCUUGCCGUCUUCGCUCUCCUCCUUGCGCUGAUCUCCCCCUCUUCGGCGGAGAUCAAAGCCCUAAAGAUCACCUCCGACUCCCGCCCCCUCAUCCUCUUGGAGGAGUUCGGCUUCGCCCCGUCCGGUGGCGUCUUCAUCGCCCUCUCCGCCGUCUCUCUCUCGUCCUCCGCCGCCUCCCCGGACCUCUUCGGCUUCUUCCUCCUCUCCGACGCUAGCCUCCUCCAGUCCAUCCACGACUCGGAGCAGCCCCACCAGAACCCCGCCCCCGUCCCCAGUUGCGCCCUCCAGAGCCCUUAUGUCCGCCCGCUGUUCACCUUCGCCAGACUCUCCCGUGCCCACUCUUUCAACGAUACCUUUCUCAUCACCCACCCCGACGAGUACGGCCUUUUCUUCGCCAACUGCGCCCCCGGCGCAGUCGUCUCCAUGUCGGUCCACACCGGGAUGUACAACUCCCGCUCUGACGGCACCCCCGACUAUCUCUCCGUCGGCCAGUCCGCUGUCCCCUCCCUCUACACCUUCUUCGCCGUCGCCUAUUUCGCUGCCCUCGCUGCCUGGAUCUACAUCUGCUUCCGGAACCGGCUUGACGCCCACCGGAUCCACCUUCUCAUGGCCGGCCUCCUGCUCGCGAAGGCCCUCGACCUCCUCUUCGCCGCCGAGGACCUGCACUACACACGCACCACCGGCACGCCUCACGGCUGGGACGUCGCUUUCUACGUCUUCAAGUUCGUAAAAGGUGUCCUCUUCUUCACCGUCAUCGUCCUCAUUGGCACCGGAUGGUCCUUCCUGAAGCCCUUCCUCCAGGACCGCGAGAAGAAGGUGCUCAUGAUCGUGAUCCCCCUUCAGGUCCUUGCGAACAUUGCCUCCGCCGUGAUCGGCGAGACCGGGCCAUUCAUCCAGGGUUGGGUGACAUGGAACCAGGUCUUCCUUUUGAUCGACAUCGCCUGCUGCUGUGCUAUCAUAUUCCCGAUCAUCUGGUCGAUAAGAACCCUGAAGGAGACUUCCAAGACUGAUGGCAAGGCCGCAAGGACUCUCGCCAAGCUCUCUCUUUUUCGGCAAUUUUACAUGGCCGUGAUUGGAUACUUGUACUUCACAAGGAUCGUGGUGUAUGCUUUGAAGACGAUCGCAUCCUACAAGUAUCGGUGGGUGAGCGUGGCGGCAGAGGAGACUGUGAGCUUUGCUUUUUAUGUCGUCAUGUUUUAUAUGUUCAGGCCAAAGGAGAGGAACGAGUACUUUGCGCUUGAUGAUGAGGAAGAGCAGGCUGCUGAAGCUGCACUGCGGGAAGAGGAAUUCGAGCUUUGAAUCCAAGAAAUGCUGUGCAUUACAAGAUUGAAGUUUGGUUGGUGCUGUUCUUAACUCUUCUGCAUGAGGGUCAUCUUUUCGGGUGUCUUUUAGUAUAAUCUCGAUGCUGCAUCUUAAUUUAUGCCUUGCUGCUGCUGCUUCUUGAAGUUGUAGUCACUUCUUUCCGGAUGUCAAGAAGUAAACAUUAUAUUACUACAUUCUGUACCUAUUCAGAGAUGGUGGUCAUUAAAAGAAUCCUGACUAAUCUUAUAAGUUCACAUGUUUAGUA